CGAUAGGCUGUCAAAAAAGGUAAACACCACGCAAGGUGACAGCAACCCCUCUUUUCUUCUUUUCCCUUAGAAAAUCUUCUGUUCCGCUCGAAAUUAACCCUUAUUUUUCCUUCCCGUACGUUUUUUCACCAACCACCGGCAAACAUCGUUCCAUACAUCACCGCCAUCAUGUCCGGCUACACAGAGGAAUACAUCCGGCAGAAGCUGACGGAGAAGCUGGAAGCAACGCAUGUGGAAGUGGUCGAUGAGUCGGACGGUUGCGGUGGCAAAUUUCGUGUCGUUGUCGUUUCCUCCCAGUUCCAAGGCAAACCCCUGCUUCAACGGCACCGACUUGUGAACGCCGCCCUAGAGGAGGAACUGAAAACGAUUCACGCCUUCUCGCAGAAAACCUACACCCCGGAACAGUGGGCCGGUGAAAGUGGGCCUUAAAUCUAGCGCCUUAAAUUCUGCCAAUAUUUGAACCAACCUGCCAGCUGCUGCGCUCCGGCCAACAUGGCGACGACCGCCAUCAAACACUUCGAAGUGUCCGCACCGGGGAAGGUGAUCCUGCACGGCGAGCAUUCCGUCGUGUACGGUCAUCCCGCCAUCGCCGGUUCGAUUGGACUGCACACCUACCUCAACUAUACCGCGCUGGAGCGUUCCGGUUCAUCCGCCUCCUCACCACCACCGCAAGUCAUCAUCGAGUUCCGUUCGAUUCCGUUCACUGCCACGCUGACGCUCGAUUCGUUCGGUGCCUUUCUGCAGGAAGUGGACUGCUGCGAAUCACUGCAACCGGAAGCUUUCCUCGAGCAGUUGCGCUCGAAGGGUGCAUUUCCCUUUGCACGCUUUCUAUCGCCCGGCCCGGUGCCGCCCGUUUUAGAGGAAACAUCCUCAAAA